AUGUCGCUCCCGUUCCUCCAGGCUUGUGGGAAGAGGAAGCGGCGGCCCAAGAUCUUCAACUUCGGCGACUUCUGCGAUCCCGGGUGCCCGAUCAGGCCAGCCGGCCCGUUCCGCGACAACAUCUGCCUGUUCCUCGAGGAAUGCGGCGUGCCUGGGGAGCCUGCAGCCAGUGACCUGCCCGUCUGGUGCACCCUCCUGAUGCACCAGAAGACGGGCGUGGUCGUCCCCCUGUACACUGUCCAAGAAACCAUGACCCCCUCGUCUCCCUCCUUCUGCGAUCACUGCCGAUUUGCAGGUUGGGGAAACCAUUAUAUGUCGGGACGGAGGUAUCACUUGAUAAUCCCGAAGGACGGUUGCUGGAGUAGGCCUCUGGAGGAGUGUGACCUCGACGAGCCGAACCAUCUGCUUCAUGGCCUCAUUCAUGGUAAUGGGUUUGGGCACUUAAUCUGCAUCAAUGGCAUCGAAGGGGGCUCCAAGUUUCUCUGUGGAAGGGAAAUUAUGGAUCUCUGGGACCGCAUUUGCAACAAUCUACUAGUCAGGAAAGUGACAGUUGAGGAUGUCUCCAGGAAGCAAUCUAUGGAUCUCCGUUUGCUAUAUGGGGUCGCUUAUGGACACACAUGGUUCGGGAGAUGGAGUUACAGAUUCCUCAGAGGAAGCUUUGGAGUUAAAGAGCACCAUUAUCACCAAGCAAUGGAAUUUCUUGGCUCGCUUGAGCUUGUCAAAGUCCUUGAGGAUUUCAGCGGCACCGAACAUUUCAAAGAGAUCAAGCAGAUCAUUUGUCAUUACAAAGGUAUGAGUAAAACCAAUUUAGUCACCAUAAAGGACCUUCUCAAGUACAUGUUGACUGUCAAGUCGCAUUCAACUCGCAAGAGCAAACCCGCCAUACCUGCUGGGCCUCUCCCCUCCUUGAAGUGGAAACUGUUGACUAGAGCGUCUCUGCAGAACAAGCAUCUUUCACAGAUGAAGCCAAUAAAGUUUAGAAAAUUCACAAGUGCUGUAGCAGAAAUGGAUAGCAGAUGGCCUGCAAGGAGGAUGGAGCAGGCAGCAGAAGUGAUUGUGAAUGCGCUGCUAGAAGCGAGAGGUAAAAAGUUGGGCUGCACUGGAAUGACCCGCCAAGACGUGCGAGAUGCAGCCAGGUUACAUAUCGGGGACACAGGCUUGAUCGAUAAUGUGCUGAAGAUCCUCAACAAUGUGAUUGUUGGGGAUUAUGUCGUGCGCCGUGCAGUGAACCCAUUGACACGGAUCCUGGAGUACACAAUCCAUGAGUUCGAUGGUGGCAGGGAACCACCGGAGCAGUUGGUCAAAGAGACGCUAUUAUCACCAUCUCUUGCGGUUGGCCACGAUGUUUACAAGGACAUGGCAAGAGUGUACAGCGCAGUGUUCCUGAAUCAUCCCACAUCGGAUUGCGUUGGAUCGGCUGCUCAGGUGCUUCUGGACAGCAAGCAUUUCAUGAAGGAAUGGCCAUUUCAAGAUGAGGAAGACCAGUUGCUCACUUUCAUUUGCAAUCUCAUCCCUAGCAUAGAUAGGCUAGAGACUCUGCCAAGGAAGAAAGUCCCACCUGGUGAGAUUAUCAUGGUUCCACUGCACGCUACGGUCGGGGACUUGAAGGCAGCAGCUGAGAGCGCAUUUAGGGAGACCUACUGUGCUUUUGAACACCUUGUGGUGACAGAUAUUGAAGCCGUGAAAGAAACAGAGGACACCGAGGUGCUCUUUGGGAUCAUGGAGUCGGGCCAGGAGGUUUGGGUGAGGGGAACCGGGAUGGAUGUGGACAGUCAGUUGAGAUAUGAAGGUGGAAGCGAGAAUUGGGAGGUUAGAUGCAUGUGCGGGGCUGAAGAUGACGAUGGGGAGAGAAUGGUGGCCUGUGACCUCUGUGAAGUGUGGCAGCACACGCGAUGCUGUGGAAUUGACGAUACUGACAACGUCCCACCUUUGUUUGUGUGCUCAGCGUGCUGCAAGUCAUUAGCACAAUCGAGACAAGAGGACAGCCCCUUGGAGUUCAGAUACUCGGGUGAGCUUGAGCUGUUUGGAUGUCUCCUUCCUCCUCCAACUAGGGAGCCAGAAUAUGAUAUGGGGAUCCAGUGUUAG